AUGCCUCUUCUCGAGAAACUGUCGACAUUAACCGCCUCACAAUCCAUCGAUACCUCAGUUCCCAACACCGCCCUCCGAGUCAUUGUCUCCGCACUUCCUCGUCCUCAACCAGGGCAAGCACCCAGUAAGGAAGCCACCGUGGCAUACUCCGCUGUUUCGAGAGUUCUCAUUCCCCGCUUAAUCGGUCCCACGCCGUCGCCUUCCAACCGAAGGGGUAGUGUUGUAAAGGGAAUGCUGGAAAAGGAUCCUGCUAAAGGCUUCAGUAGCGACGCAGUUGAUGUCCUGAUCCAAGUGGUCACAUGCUUUGGACCUCUUCUCAAGGAGGAGGAAUUGACCGCACUGCAAAAAUCUGUCAUGUCUAUCAUUGACAACGAUACGGCUGGUACCGUUGUCACCAAAAGAGCAUUGGCCGCUAUCUCAGUGCUUGUGCUCCACUUCUCGGACAAUCAACUAAACGCCUUUGUGGCCGAACUCGUCGAGAGAUUUAAUUCCUCACAGUUGACGACCGUUCACCGGCGACAUCUGAUUGCUACAGUGGGCAGCAUAGCUAAAAGUGCUCCGACCAAGUUCGGGGCCCAUCUUCAGACUUUAGCGCCUUUUGUGUUCUCGGCCGUGGGAGAGGAGAGUCUUGGUCGGGUAGCUUGA